AUGCCUGAAAUUCAUUUUGCACCCUUGAAUGUGCCGUUUGAAAGGCGACGACAAACCGCGGUUGUUUGGUUGUGGCUUGUUUCUUUACCUACCACCUUAUUCAUUUUUUUCAUGUCCUGUACUAUCGUCUUCUUGCUACCCUGGAUUAUUGCAUAUUUAUUAUUUUUGUUAUUUGACAUCGCACCUGAAAAUGGUGGUCGGAGAUUCUCUUUUGCUAGGGAGUCAAAGUUUUGGAAGUGGUACUCCGAAUAUUUUCCGAUCUCAUUAGUAAAGCGAGUGGAUUUGGAUCCAUCCAAAAAUUACAUUUUCGGGUAUCAUCCACAUGGAGUUAUUUCCGUUGGCGCAUGGACGAACUUUGCCACGGAAGCAAAUGACUUCUCCAAAAAAUUUCCCGGCAUAAAUUGCCGUCUGUUAACUCUCACGUCAAAUUUCAGUAUCCCACUUUAUCGUGAUUAUCUGAUGGCACAAGGUCUCGCGUCCGUGUCACGUCAGUCGUGCGAAAACAUUUUACACAAAGGACCAGGAAAUUCUGUAAUGAUAGUAGUUGGCGGUGCUGGCGAAAGUUUAAAUGCACGUCCAGGUGUAUACGAUUUGGUUUUGAAGAAAAGAUUAGGAUUUAUAAAAUUGGCAAUUCGUAAUGGGGCCUGUUUAUGCCCGGUGUUUUCUUUCGGUGAGAAUGAUAUAUGGGAACAGGCAGACAAUCCGAAAGGAGGAAAGCUUUGGAAAUUUCAAAAAACGGUGCAAAAAUUGUCUGGUUGGACAAUGCCUCUCUUUCACGGUCGCGGCCUAUUCAAUUAUAAUGUCGGAAUUAUGCCACAUAGAAGACCCAUAACCACAAUUGUUGGAAGACCCAUCGAAGUUGUAAAAAAUGAAAAUCCAACUGAAGAAGAGCUUCUCAAAGUACAGAAAAAAUACAUUGAGGAAUUAUAUGAUAUCUGGAAUACAUAUAAGGAUACAUAUGCCAAGGAUAGAGUAAAAGAGUUAACUCUUAUUGAAUAA